AAACAAUAUGGCGGCGUAAACAAAAGCAGGUGCCCGUUUGGAUUGGAAAGAAUUAGUAUUCCUAAGAAUGGCACUAGUUAAAGUUGACCAAAGUAUUUCAAAGCCAGGAUGGGUCUCUCAUUUUGGAAAGAAACCCAAAGAUACACACAAGCUUGAAGAUAUUCCUGCUCCAACAAUUGAUUAUGAAAAGUUAAAAUUGUUAUGUGGAAUUGAAGGAUUGAACGGAAGAGAGGAUGAGAAGAGCUCUGAUGAAGCACAUGAAACAUUUAUGACAAAUUACAAAGAUAUAUUUGCCAAACCACCAAGCAAAAGAAUAUUUCAUGCACAGUCAAAAAAAAGUGUAGAAAAGUUUUCAUCACAGAUGAGUAUUACCCACAAUGCAACAGGAAAGAAAACAGAUGAAUUAAAAGCUGCAAGAGACAAAAAGAACUAUCCAAUAGAUGACAUAACACAUGACAUUAGGGAUUACCUCCCUUUAUUGCACAAGGAAAGGAAAAGUGAACAUCCAGAGGCUGUCAGAGCAGAUAAUUUAAAUACUCUAAGAAAACUCCUCAGGAAAUUACCAUUUGAAAGGACUGCCUCAGACAAUGACAAGAUGUUUUCCAUUUUCAAAACAUUUAGAUUUUUCAAUGACAAUGUUCCAGAUAAUAUUCUAAAGGAACUUUGUGUUGUAGCUUUAUUUGAGCAGUGGAAAGAUACAGAUUUUACAGUAUUUGGUAGAAAUGGUUUAUAUAUGGUGUUAAAAGGUUCAGUACGACCUUUGACCUACCCUCAUUUGAAUACCAACGACAACAUUGUAGAUUCUAGAUCACCAACCCCAUUACUUACAGAGGAAUCUAAAGACAUUUUACAACCAGGUGAUUUCUUUGGUACAUUAGAUAAAAUUGAAAGAAAACCUGGUUCAAGGAUUUUCAGUGUAGAAACUCAAGAGCCAAACUGUGAAUUCUUGAAAAUUUUAUCAACAGAUUAUACUAAAGUUAUAACACAAAUAGACACUAGAAGUAAUGCUGAGAAGAAGAAUUUGUUAUUAACGUGUGGUAGAUUCCAAGGCUGGUCAGACCAGACAAUCGUCCAAGUUGCCAAAUUAAUUGAAUGGGUCUCAUUCCCUCCAAAUACAAUUUUAGUGAGUGAAGGUUACAAAGCACCAUAUAUUGGUUUCAUCAAGUCUGGGGAGUGCCAUGUUUUACGUCAAGUGGAAGUAAUGAAGGGAAAAAGUGGUCACAAGGAGAAGAAAAUGAAGCAUGUAGUUAUGGGACGAUUAACAGUAUCACAAUCCUUUGGUGAAAUCAGUGUUCUAAAGGAUGAACCAAUUACCUGUUCUAUAGUUACUGCUACAAAUGUAUCAUUAGGGAUAAUAAAGCCAGAGAGAAUCCAAGAACUAGAUGAUGUCACCAUACAGUUGUUUACACAGUCAAAUGAACCUACAUUUAACAGUUUUAGUAAGGAUGAAAUUCAAGAUGAAUACAUGAAUCAAGAACUAAAACAACAGUGGAAUGAGUUUAAACAUAGUGUUGUUGUAGAUGUUAUAAAUUCUAAAGGAAUUAGACCGGGAUAUGGAAAAUGGGCAAAAUAUUAACAGAUACAUAUCACAUGGACAAUAAAGAAAAACAAGAUUGUUACAAAACUUGUGUUGUGGUAAACCUUCAUUGUAAUCUCUUUAUAGAUGCCAUGACUUUCUAAAGUUGGCCAACUCAUUAAAUCAUCAUACAUGCAUUCAUUCAUUUUCAAAAGACUUUUACUGUUUCAAGUUUUCUUUAUGUCAGAUAUUUAAGGUAGUCAGCUGGUUUUUAAGGUUUUUAAUAGGAUAAAAAUUCUCUAGAUUUUUAUUUGAAAUAAAUGGGAAGAUGAAUUUUGUAGUGCAUGAUAAAAAGAAAUAACAAGAAUUUCAAAAUAUAUUGCUAAAAGUGUAUGUGUUUAUAUCAUUCUUCUUAUGAGGUCUGUUAUACUAUGAACAACAAUACUAUUUGUUCAUAUGCACCAGCCACGAGGAAGGACUUGACUCAAAAGCUUUUUUUAUAAUGGAUGUGAUGCUGCUUCUGGUGCAUGGUCAAUAAACACUAAACAUACUGGUUUACGUGACUACAUGUAUUAUUAACUCAAUUUAUAUUUCAUGUUUUUUUUCAGCUGUAUUUCUUUUCUUUUUUUUUUUAUUUUCUUGUGUAUUGUCUUUUGCAAUGGUGUGAUAUAAAAAAUCUAUGUACUGACUAUAUCUUAUCUUAUACUCCUUCCUAUAAUUAACCCGUGACUUGUAACAAAGUGAUGUUGUGUUUUAUGGUUGUUAAACCAACGCAAAGAAACAAAACUCAUUAUUUUUUUCAAAGAUACAUUUUUUCUCCAAAUGUCUAUGAACAAAGCCUUAACUUGUAAAAACCUACUAAUCUAUAACAUUUUUUUGUUAAUCUGUAAUCAAUCAAAACUGACAUCGUUUAUAUUUUUAUUGUCACUUUGAUAGUCAGUAUACACAGUAAAUUUCUUGUUUUUCCAUUGAAACAAUCAAGGUUCACAAAUGCCUGCACAUACUUAAAUUUGUUGACUUCUUUUGCAAUAGAGCAAUUUGAUUGGCACCAAAACAUAUCUUUUAUAAUGAGACUCAACCACAGGAAAAGUGACUCAAAGUGAGCUAAACAGAGAAGAUGAAUAGUUAUUGUUGUAGUCAUCUUGGAAAUAUCAGUUUUAAUAUACUGUUUGUAAUGUUAUUUUUGUCAAAUUUCCUACAUAUGCUUUUAAUGUUUUUUAAAGAUUGGCAUACAAAUUUGUAUUUUGUAUUUACAACUGUUUUUAUUUUAUAAACUGUAAGAUUGGAUUUCCUGUAAAUUAUAAGAUACAGGAUUGAAAUGUAUAUCAAGAGUCUGUGAUACUUUAGAACUCACAUUUUAUAGCCAUAUUGUUUUCUAUUGAUAUAUAUAUAUAUUUAUAUUGAUGGGGUUUAUACAUUUGAGUGUACAUGUUGUUUAAAUGUCAGCAUUCAGCAUUUAAAUGUUUGUAAUAAAUGAUUUUUAACAUU